GACGGGCAGAAGAACUAGCAACUCAUGAAUGCUGUGUGAGAUGAGGGUGUGUAUUCAGCAGUCACUUGGCACCGGCUACCCGCGCUGCCUUCUGCCAAAGUGGCACGGGGCGUUCCGAUCAUCUCAUCCUCCAUUCUCGCCUGUAUGUCGACCAACACUGCAAUCCCAACGCCAUCCAAGCAUCACUAGAAGAGCUGCGAUGUCCUCGUCACCCUUGUUGGGAACAACACUGCCCAUGGCGGCACGUUCGUUUCCGACAUCUGGAUUUGAACAACUGGACCCGACAGAUCCCAUCGAAGAAGAACUUCUCCCAGGGUACAAGCCUGAGCAGUUCUACCCAGCAAACAUUGGGGAAGUCUUCAACGGCAGAUACCAAGCACUCUGCAAGAUUGGCUAUGGAACAACCUCGACUGUAUGGCUUGCUCGUGACCUCCAGACUUCAGAGGGCCCUUCUGCAUAUGUUUCCCUCAAGAUAUACACAAAUGGCUAUGUCAGAGGUGAUGAGCUUGCAGUAUUACAGCACAUCAACACUGUCUCUGCUGAGACAACACAUCCAGGCCAUCAGGAUAUCCGCAAAUUGCUUGCCUCAUUCGAGAUCAAAGGACCACAUGGCGUGCACAUGUGCCUUGUACAGCAGGCUCUGGGAAUGAGCCUCCAUGGGCUUUUACAAUUUAUCCCCACAAGAUCUCUGAGUUUGGAGUUAUUGAAGCCGUUUCUUCGACAGUGUCUGUUUGGUUUGGAUUUUCUGCAUACAACAGCGGGAAUAAUACACACAGACCUCCAGCCAAAGAAUCUCCUUUUCCCAGUGGAUAGCCCGUUGAUAUUUAGCGACUUGGAGGAGGAUGAAAUCAAGAACCCUUCCGCCCGGAAAGUGCUUAGCGACCGGGUCAUCUACCAGACCAAAGAACUCCCUCGUCCACGUCGGGGCUUCCCUCUCAUUUGUGACUUUGGAGAGGCGAGAUUUAUGAACAAGGACGGACAUCCCCAUACCGACGACAUUAUGCCCGAUUUACUCAGGCCUCCGGAAGUGGUUAUGCGUAUGGCCUGGGAUGAGAAGGUUGAUAUUUGGAGCAUUGCGCCGUUGACCUGGCAUCUCGUUUCUCCUCGCCCUCUCUUCGACCGUCGUAACCCUGAGACCGGAGAACCUGAUGAUAGGUUCAUGAUUGCACACCUUGGGGCACUUCUGGGUCCGCCACCCCCGGAAUUCAGACGCAGAAGCGCUGUAUGUCAGAGUUUCUGGGAUGAGAAUGGAAAAUGGACGGACGCAGUCCCAAUGCCUGAGCUUACACUUGAAGACCUAAGCACGGGUAUCAUAGGGGAGAACAAGGCUGGCUAUUUACAGUUCCUACGCAGGAUACUUCGGUGGCUUCCUGAGGAGCGGCCAACCGUUAGAGAACUCAUUGUUGACCCGUGGCUAAUGGAAGGCCUUGGGGGGAAGAAGGCAGCGGGGGGUUGAUUGCCAUUUAGGCAGGCCAAACCCAAGAUUCAAGAGGGCGGAAGAAGUUCCAAGUUGCUGGAUAUACCCGGCUCCGUUUUGUGCACGUGCCAUGGAUGGUGGAAUUUAUUACACCAGACAUUUGAACACCUGGCAUUCUUAUAUUAUAACGGCUAAGGAGCUAAUCUGCAUCAAACAGAUCUUCUUCUUCUCCAGAGCUCUCUUCUAUCUCUGAGAUCUCUUAUAAUCAAGAAGCAACUUCUGAUGUACAGUUAAUGCAAGCUCUCAAACAAAUUGUCAAUACUAAUUCUCUUAAGUCUUAACUUAUCUCUCUUGAGUUACAACAAACUCUGGAGAUGCCUGAAAUACAGUCAUGAGCUCCUGCAUGCAAUGAAGAAAACAGCAGAUCUAGAUUCUGCUUAUAUUCUUUACAGCAAACAUACAUGAAAGCUCUCUAAUAAUGAAAGCUCUGGUACUGAUGCCAGGCUCUCAAGACAAGAGAUCAAAGAUGAAAAGAAUGGGAUAACAAGAUGUCUGUAAGAGAAAUAUCUGGAUGAUCUUUAAGACUCUAAGUUUAACAUUAAACAGAUUAUAAAGGCCUUUAAUAAGAAAGACUACUCUGAAUGAAAAGUGGAGCAGUCUGAAAUACAAAGAAUUUCUAGCUUUAUAACUAUCUCUUUGAUCUCCAAGUUGUAAUGAUUGAAUAGAAUUGGUACAGAGUACUGGAAUUUUGCAAUUUUGACAGAGAUGAAUAUGUCAGCAUUCUCAAACAAGAUUCUGAGUACUUCUGUUAUGAAUGUAGACCUAGACCAACCAAGCAUCAGACAACAUCAGAUGUUCAGAGGAACU